AUGUUAUUUUUAACGACAGAUGUCGUGUCACUGCGCAUGUCACAGCUGACGUGUUAUAAUUUUCUUCCGGUACAUUGUUUAUUAUCUGAGAAACAGGAUCAGAAGUAGAGGAAAAGGAGGCAGCAGAACGAAUUUUUUUGCUGAAGUCAAGUCAAGUUGAAGGAUCAAAGAUGUCAGACUUUGACCCAUGUGAAUGUAUUGAUAUCUACAACCAUGAAAGUGCCAUGAGAAGGCUAAUGAACCUUCUAAGGGACUCUCAAAAUGCUUGCACUGAUAGUGGCUGUGAUCCCUUACCUUCAAAUCCACUAGCCCCAAACGGUGCUGAUGGCUAUAUGAUGCUGAUGUUGGGUUGGGUUGUUGUGGCAACUCUGUUGUAUCUACUGCGGCCCAAGAAUCUGCGUCUGCGUGGUGAUGAAAAGCCAGCACCAUCAGGGGAUGGAACUCCUCCUCCACCUGCACCAUCUGUGCAUUAAAAGAUCUGGGAUCAAGUCAACUGUAACAUUCUUCUCCUUGCGGCUGUGAAAAUUUUAUCCCAUUUUUGGUUUCAACAUUCUAAUUUUUUAUCAACCAAGGACAAAUAACACGACUUAAAGUAAUGUUUUUGUUAUCUUCAAAAUCCCACUUCAGAUAAUCUUUUUUCAAAGUGAAAAACUACAAAUGUUGAACCGUUUUAAUUUUUGUGAUUAUAUCAAAUAAAUAUUGGACUACCUGGA